AUGCAGCAGUCGGUGUCGCUGCCGGGGCCCGGCGUGGCGACUCGGGCAUCUUCGACCGGACAGAGGGCGAGAAAGGACGUUUCUGCGUUGUCUUCUACCUCCACACUUUUUUCUGCGCGAAAAACGGAGUGUUUUUUCCCAUCCGCUGCGAAAGCAGAGUUGCCAGAGUACCGCGAUGUGCCUCGGUAUCCGGGUAAACGUACACGGGAGAGACUCUCCGUGGAUCACCCUGUUCAGAGCGCUUCAGUCAGUUGUUGUCAUCGACACCGAAAAAUGAAAGGCGGGAUGACCUCGUCCUCUCAUUCGGUUUCCGCGAGCGGCGGUGCCGCCUCUUCCGCCGCCAGGGGGGCUCCGCUCGCGCGCGGUCAGCGGUUGGUGUCUUCGGGAGUGCCGUAUCGUACUCGUUUCCCCGCACAGACUCGUGGCGAGACUCCGUCGUGCUCAUCUCAAGGUUCAGUGUCUGUUCCACCCGUCGAGAGAUGCACAACAGGAACUCCCCGUUCAAGUCCAAAUGUCUAUGUGUACCCCUGUGUUUGCUUGUCACCUUGCCGGAAACGCGGUUUCCUUGAGUCCCUCUGUCUUUUUUUGUUGCUCUUGUCCAAGUUCUCCAGUCUCCUUUUUCCCCAGUCUCCCCUCCUUCCUCGGUCGAGAACGCGGCCGGACCCAGCUUUCCGUUCAGCGAGUGAAGCGUCGCGUCCGUCUCGGCGUGUACACUCGCUCCUCGCUUCACCUUUAGCGUCGGAACCGCUUCAGUUCUUCGCUCCUCUCUUUGCUGCUGCGCAGCCGUUUUCUGUCCUUGAAGAGGAAGGCGAGUGGGUGGAGGACGAGUACGAGGAAGAAGAAGAUCCGCCGGAAGACGGCGGUGAGGAAGACGGGGAGGCCGACGACACCGCUUCAGCCACCCACCGCGUUUACCAGCACGACGAACGCUACUACAGGGCACUUCCUCUGACAGACUCUGACUAUGUUCUCGAGAGCAUUCGCAUGCAGUUUCCACAGUUCGCUCUUUCCCCCUCUGUCUGGACCGACAUCGAAGAAGAAGUCAGUCGGCGGCUGCGUCUCGUGGACCGCAGAGCGUUUCCGCAGUCUUUCUUCGAAAGCAUCACUGAGAGCGAAGCGCUGGAGCCUGGUGCUCUCCUUACACCUCUCGGUCGAAACGAGCUGUCAGAAGGCGACGCUCGCGCCUACGAAGUGACAAAGAUGACUGAGAUCAUCGAAGACGUUGUAAGGCGGCACCUCGGUACCCCAACCGCCUCCUUGCGCGACUCAAGCGGCUCUGCCUCAUCUGUUUCUAACGCGCCGUCUCGGCAGAGGACCCGUGCGUCUUCGUCUGAAAGUGCGUCUUCUGCCUCCGCAGUCUCUCCACUCUCUGGAGGUAAAAGCAGCUCCCCUCUUGCCUCUGGCUCUUCACAGCCUUCUGAACUUCACACUGCAGAUCCCGCGCCGUCGACAGCCUCUCCACCUCGACCAACACCCGAUGGCGGGAGCCAGCCGGGUGGAGCGGCCAGCCUUUCCGCAGGCGAUUCUUCUCCUGAGGCGACUGCGUUUUCUUCUCGCGACUCGACUUCAGGUCAGUCUGUGCGAAGCGAACGGCGUGAGGAGGCAGGGCCGUUGCUCGCGGAGUCGCAGGCGAACGUCUCUCCAGAUUCUGCCGCCCCCCUGGGGCAGGAUAGACACCUGCCGCAAGCCGACUCGGUGCACAGCAACUCACGAGCUUCUUCUUCAGAAGACUCUCUGCCCUCAAAAGCUUCCUCUAGCGCCAGCCUGCAUGCAUCCGGUGAAGCGAAGGGAAAGCAAGCAGGCAGUGCUUCACCGCGAGGCCCAGGAGCUCAGAGCCGUGGCGAGUUCGGACCGGAGGAGACGCUGACUGUUGGUCCAAUCGAGUUCCGUCCCUCGGCGUACGUCGACUUGAUUCUGCGUGUGGCGAAGCCGGGGAAAUUUGGGAAGGACCCCCUGUCGAAUCAGAGGAGAAGCCAACUGCACUCGCGCGGCCCAGGGACCAGAGACAGCGCAGAAAUCGAGAAGGCGCGUUCUCGGUCUGCCUCGCCUCCCGAGACUUUUUCCCCGUCUUCGCCGCUGCAUGCAAAAGCCGCUCCGCGUUCCGUGCAGAAUUUCGGGGAGUUCUUCCUUCUGCUCCGAGGGGUGCUGGAGUAUCGCCGAGAGGGCAUGAGGCGACAGACACCGCUGACGCAGGAGCCUCUCUUUCCUCUUGGUGAAAACGUUUCUUUCGGCUUCGCAGGAGACGGAGAAGAGACAGCAGAGAGCGCAGAGGAAACUGCCGCAGUGCUCCAAGCCCUGCGGACGGAGCUUGACAACCUGUCUGUGCAGGUCGUGAAGAAGCUUCAGGCAGAAGCGUAUGGAGCUUGUGCAUUCUUGUCGUUUUUUGGCGUUCCGGAUGCUGAGGGGAAGCUGCAGUUGCCUGGUGGAUGGCCGAGAGACAUUGCUCUUGCCCUGCGGUGCGCCGUCGAGGGCAAUCGAGGACGACAGCUCUGCGGGACCUGCUUCGUGAUCGACGGUCUGGCGACCGCCUUGGGUUUCCCGCCGAUUCUUGCGGGGUCGCAUGCGUGGGCAGUGACGCAGGACGUCGGAAUAAAAAGCCUCUUCGUCCUUCAUCGUCAGUCGAACUUGUAUAUACCGCCAGACCUUCUGGAGGCAGGGCCAAGUCCCUGGCGGACAGACACACCACUUUGGAAGAACGGAGAGGGGAUCUCUCAGAGAUCCAGAGGAGUUCGCAGCAGCUUCGAUGCUCCUCUGAUAAAAUACGAGAUGGCAGCGCAGAUGGGAGACGCUCUGGGGAAGCUCGCAGCCGCCUACUACCUUCGAACCGGUCUAGGAAAUGUAGAUUACAGAUACAGAGAGAAGGAGGAGAUUGACGAGCCUCGGAUUCCAAACGAACUGUUGCCCUUCAGACCAAGGAAGCUCAUCAAGGCUCAAAUGUCCACUGAGCGUCUCCCUGGCGACUCCGCAGUGGGCUGCUUCGCCGCAGUCAAGCACACCCUGGACGUCGGCAGCGAAGCUGCUGACAAAAACGCGCUGCCUGUAGAGCCGCGUUUUCUGCUGCGCGAGCACCUGGUCCCCGCGGCGUUUCGACAUACGAACGCAACGCUUGCGUCGCUGUCGAGCAUCGAAGUCGCCAGCGCCGACGAGAGCCAUGCCGGCAGCAGCAGACGCCAGGCGUCCGUCGGGAGCAGCACUGCAAGCGAAGAAUAUGCGCUGCUUGUGCAGAGCAUGGCGCGAGACGGAAGCCCAGGGGGCCUCGCCGCGCUCGGCGACCUCUACUUCCACGGACAUGAAGCAGGUGGCAUUGCAAGAGACGUCGACCGCGCUGCAGAGCUUUGGAGGUCGGCGGCUGCGAUGGGCGACACCAACGCGGCGAUGGCUUUGGCGUACUUGCUUCUGGGAGAUGUGGGCGAGGCCAUGAAGACAGCGAAAGAAGACGCGUCGGAGAAGUCCGAAGAGAAGGAAGAAACCUCAGCUUCCUCUGCUGCUUCGGCGUCUCUGGGAACGCAGCCGGAACGCACGGCGAAUCCCCUCGGAGACUCUGCCCGUGUCGCCGACUCGACCGCUGACUCGAGCGGGGGCGACAGUGCCAGUUCUUUCUUCUCCUUCUUGGGAGGAGGGACAGACUUACGAGCCACUGGACCUCCUCAAGAAGCUGUAGAUACAGCUGGGCCUUCGCCGCUUCCAGGAGAAGCCGGCGGGGCGACGGGUGCGCCCGGGCACGAUGUGUGGGGCUCCGCAGGAGACACCUUCGGAGGAGGCGGGGGACGCCUUGGAGGUUUCUUUGACGGAUGGUUCAAGCGCCUCUUCGCGUUCGACGACCAGGACGAGCAGCAGGAGAAGCGCGGGAUUGCCGAGAAAACGCAGAAACGGGCGACUCCAGAAUCACCCAGAGCUGCAGCAGAACCGUACCUCAGACAGGUCAUCGCUGGCGGAGACGGAGGGUCCGCCCAUCUCGCGCGGUAUCUCGCCUAUCGCCUGGGAGUCGAAGGGUACACAAACAGCACCUUAGCUGGUGAGAGUCUGCAGAAGGCAGCAGACCUCGGCGACAGCAACGCGCAGAUGCUGUACGCGAAUGCCCACAUGAGUGGGGUGAGGCCGUCGUCGAUUUCUGCCCAUCCGUCCUCGUUUUUUCCAAAUGGAACUGACGUCUCUGUCGCUCUCCGUUACUACAAGAAGGCAGCUGAACAAGGAAGAGUCGAGGCCAUCUUUAACGUCGCCGUUCUCACUCUUCAAGGAGCGGACGAAGGGUCACCGUCCACUCCUGCCGCGUCUUCCACCUCCUUAGAUCCCUCUUCUUCGUUUUCUCCUUCCUCUUCUUCUUCUCCUUCUUCUUCUUCUCCUUCUUCUUCUGCGCCCCAGACUCUUCGAAAGGGCCAGUCGCUUCGGCAGAGAUGUGAAAAGGCCUUCGCUUUGCUUCAGAAGGUGGCGUUCAGCCACCCGACAGUGAGUGCCUUGCACGCGUUGUCUUCGUACGCGUUUUCGAAGGGAGACGAGACUGGCGCGCUGCUGGUCAAUCUGCUUCUCUCGGAGAUUGGUCACUCCGUCGGUCACGUUAACGCCGCGGGUCUCUGGCCGCGCCUGACGCGACGACGCGCAGAAUUCGUCAGGCGUCUCUCAGCUGCGCUCAAAGAAAAGAGCAACAACAACGGAGAAGAGAAAGAUGCACAGCAAGCCCCCGCGCGCGCCCACGAGAGAGAAGAGCGAGAACGAGGAAGGAGGGAAGCUGAGGCGCCCACGGAGGAAAGGCCAGAGGGACAGCGGUGUGCCAAUGUCUCUGCCUUUGCGGUGCCGAGAGAUUUCCUCCUCCCGCAGCAAGCUUACCUGGAGACUCCAGAGACUGCCGUCUAUGCCAUCUCUGACUCUCGCUUCUCAGUGUCGAGUGCGUCCGCUGCUGCCAUUUCGCCGUUUGCGCCGAAGAAAACAGAAGCCGGUCGAGAACCACCCGCAGAAGCAGGGACCGUCUCGGAAAACUGUGAUGUGUCGGUCGCCUCCAAUGCCAUGUCCGUUCACCUGCGGCACCUGCGAGUCUCGGAGUUCCUCAGGUGCUGGGCGCGGCCUCCAGGAGACGAGUGGCUCAAGGGACUUCAUCUCCGGUUUCCCUUUCUUCGGCGACUCGCGCAGAGCUCAGGACCAGCAGAAGGCGAGGGCGAGUGGGGUCGCCUGAGCAACUCAGAGAGCGAAGGCCGCGCAUGCGCAUUCUACUUUUUGCGGAGAGCAGCUGCAGGGGGUGAUGCAACGAGCAUGCUAGAAGUGACACGCGCGUACCUCGAACAGGCAGCGUUCUUCGAGGACAUGCAGGAACAGGUGCAUGCAUCCUUUGCCAGUCGGAGCGCGGUUUUUCGCAGUUUGUCUGUCGAGGAGAGAAUUGAGGAGAUCGCCAGACGCACUGUGGAAGAGGAGACCGGCGCAGCGGCUUUGGGCUCCGAGGCGUCCGAGGGCUCUCAGGCUGUGCCCCACAGCGAAGGAGCUGCCGGGGGGCGCAGGCGGGACGAGAAGGGAGACAGCGAGGGCGGAAGGCCCUUUGCUGUUCCCGCCUGGGUCACCCGACUCUUCUUCGACGCCAUCGAAGCGAGAAAAAGGGCAUCGUUCUUGUGGAGAAGCGCGGCGGCGAAGCAGAAAGACGGCCGCGGACUCCUCGAGCUCGGAGAAGCCCUGGAGUAUGGGCAGGGGGUCCGACGAAACCGCAAAGAGGCGUACAAGAUCUACUGGGCCAUGGCCACAGAUCCGCAGCAUGCAGCGGCUAGCAGAUUUCUCGGCUUUCUCGCGUUGACACGAGCGCUGCUGAACUGGGCGGGGCGACGCAUCAUCGACCUGUCUGUCCCUUCUGUCUCCGACCCUGCUGCCUCUGUCUCUGCGGUGGCAGCGCCGCAGACGGGGCACGAAAUCGAAGAGAAGAGAGAGAGAGAGAUUGAGACGGUUUGGGAACGUGGGCGAGAAGACGGGGAUGUCAAGGACGGAGACGCUCUGAAAGAGCUGGCAGUGGGAAAAGACGAUGACCCGUCUCCAAUCGCAUGCAUUCAGGAGUUUCGAGCUUCAGAACAACGCGCGCACGAGUCGCAGAACUACGUCUGGAACCGGCUCUUGCUCGUUUUCUGCCUGUUGCUUUUGGCCUCGCUCCUGGGAAUUUUAACUGCGGUGCAUGCACGCGGUCUGACUGCUGCUGGGCCGCCGCUGCGCGCCGCGGAACGGGAGACGAACGACCUCCCUUUCUUUAACGUGGACUCUUUUAGAGAGAGGAGACCGACAGCAGUGGACUCCACUGGGACGGGAGGCUCUGCGGCCGCUGGUGCGACCGUGACGGAAAGACGAGGAGAAAGAGAAGGCGAAGGUUCUCCUUUGGAUUUUUGGCCGAAACCAAGAGACAGUGAAACUCCAGCGAGGUCUUCGAGUCCAACCACGUCGGCAGUCUCCCUCGCUGAUGCACGCAUGCAGUCGGGCGAAGAAGAGCCAGCUCGCCAGAGAACUUGUGAAGACACCGGAGUGACGGCGACAGGUCCGGGAAUUUUGCCGGAGAGAAAUGGCGAAGAGGUGGAGAGCCGGCGCGCAGGGGAUCGGUGGGUGCGUAGACACCGGCCGACUGCGAAGACUCGUUUGCCAGCCAUGCGAGGACAGGAACUUCGCAGUUUGCUGCAACUGGACCAUCGAGUACGGAUGCAUUCAGGACACAACGAAGAGACGACUUCACCGGAGAUUCUUUUCUCACGAGGCCAGGCUUCAUACGGCAAAAACUCUGCCCUUUCUUGGGAGUGGUAG